AUGGCGUCAUCAAGCUCUGGAAGUUCAAUUCCCGCUCUAGAGGCUGUUCAAGUUCUGGUUUCGUCACUCGCUGAUGAAUCCCCCAUGGUCAGAGAGGCCUCCAUAGCCUCGCUCAAGGACAUUGCUGCCCUGAGCCCUCUCUUAGUUCUCGAUUGUUGCUCGGCCAGUUCGCGAGGAGGACGUCGGCGUUUUGGUAACAUGGCUGGGGUUUUCCAAGUGAUGGCAUACGGAGUCAGAGCCUUGGACAAGGACGAAGUGGACCCUCUUUUCAUGUCUAAGAUCGCGAAGAUUGCCACCGCAGAGAUCAUCUCCUCCAAGGAGCUCAAUACAGACUGGCAAAGAGCUGCAUCAGGCCUUCUUGUUUCAAUUGGCUUACAUUUACCAGACCUAAUGAUGGAAGAAAUUUUUCUACAUUUACCUGGGCCAAACUCAGCUUUACCAGCUAUGGUUCAGAUACUAGCAGACUUUGCUUAUGCUGAUGCAUUGCAGUUCACCCCACGAUUGAAAAAUGUGCUUUCACGGGUUCUACCUAUUCUUGGAAGUGUACGAGAUGUCCAUCGACCGAUUUUUGCUAAUGCUUUUAAAUGUUGGUGUCAGGCUGUUUGGCAAUAUAGUCUUGAUAUCCCUUCGCAUUCACUUCUGGAUGGUGACAUCAUGUCAUUUCUGAAUUCUGUUUUUGAGCUUUUGUUGAGAGUUUGGGCGGCUUCACGGGAUCUAAAGGUUCGCAUAUCUUCUGUAGAAGCAUUAGGUCAGAUGGUUGGCCUUAUUACCCGGACACAAUUGAAGGCGGCUUUACCCAGACUUGUCCCCACAAUAUUGGAAUUGUAUAAAAGAGAUCAAGAUGUUGCCUUUUUGGCAACAUGCAGUCUUCACAAUCUCUUACAUGCUUCUUUACUGUCAGAAAGUGGUCCUCCUUUACUUGAUUUUGAGGAGCUCACAGUCAUUCUAUCAACACUCCUGCCGGUGGUUUGCAUCAAUAAUGACAACAAGGAGCAUUCAGAUUUCUCAGUUGGACUGAAGACAUAUAAUGAAGUUCAACGUUGCUUCCUGACAGUUGGUUUGGUAUACCCUGAGGAUUUAUUUGUGUUCCUUAUUAAUAAAUGCAGAUUGAAGGAAGAACCUUUGACGUUUGGUGCGCUAUGUGUUCUAAAACAUCUCUUGCCAAGGCUAUCUGAAGCUUGGCACAAUAAACGGCAUAAUCUUGUUGAAGCUGUACAAUUCUUGCUAGAUGAUCAAGAUUUAGGUGUCCGAAAGGUGCUUUCAGAGUUGAUUGUCGUUAUGGCUUCACAUUGUUACUUAAUUGGUCCGUCUGGGGAGCUGUUUGUGGAAUAUCUUGUGCGUCAUUGUGCUUUAACAGAUAAGGAUAGUAAUGACCUUGAGAGGUCCAAGGAUGCAUCAGGCAACCCAGAUAUUCCUUUCCAAUACAAGAGAUUGGAGGUGAAAAUUGGGACACUUUGUCCAGCAGAGUUAAGGGCAAUCUGUGAAAAAGGCCUUCUUCUGCUGACUAUUACGAUCCCAGAAAUGGAGGCUUAUACUGGUGCAGUUGCUAUGGUAGGACUUCCUCUGCAUCCUCAUAUUAUGCCCCUUUUUGCAUGGAGAUGCAUCUCAGAAUUGUGCAGGCAUAGAUCUAAUAGCAAUACUAUGCUUGCUGAGUGUAAAGCUCGUGCUGAUAUACCAAAUCCCGAGGAGCUUUUUGUUCGCUUGGUGGUGCUUUUGCAUGAUCCUUUAGCGAGGGAGCAGCUGGCGAGCCAGAUUUUGACAGUUCUUUGCUAUCUGGCACCUCUCUUUCCAAAAAAUAUCAACUUGUUUUGGCAAGAUGAGAUUCCAAAAUUAAAGGCAUAUGUUAGUGACACAGAAGAUUUAAGGCAAGAUCCUUGUUAUCAAGAGACUUGGGACGACAUGAUAAUCAAUUUUUUUGCAGAAUCUUUGGAUGUGAUUCAAGAUUCUGACUGGGUGAUACCCCUUGGAAAUGCAAUUACGAAACAGUAUGGACUUUAUACAUCUGAUGACGAACACUCUGCACUUCUUCAUCGCUGCUUUGGUGUGUUUCUUCAAAAAGUGAAUGACAGGGCCUAUGUCCGGGAUAAGAUAGAUUGGGAUCAUUUGUUAUUCAUUCCUUUUGGCCUCCCACAUCCAGGUUGCAGCAUCCCACUUGGACACAGUCCUGGAAAAGCUAAAAGGCAUUCUGGAUAA